AUGGCGAAAGCAGUGUCGGAUUGUCUGAAAAGAGUCCUAAUGGUACCACCAAAGUACUUUACAGUGGAAGUAAGUGAUUUUUUUCCAAUUUUUAUUCAUCUCAGGUUUGGCAUUAUCGCACAGUGCAAUCAAAAAAUUUUUGCACAGUGCAAUUUCUGAAAGUUCAAAUUGCACUGUGCAAUCUUCUUUGGGUUUAUUUUGCACAGUGCAAUCGUCCUUUUUGGUUUUUGUCGCUUCGCACAGUGCAAAUCGCAGCUUUCUUUUGAUUGCACCGUGCAUUUUCAAUUUUUUCUCCGUUUGCACUGUGCGGUCGGAAAAAUGAAAAGGAUGCGAUUUGCACGGUGCAAAAAAUUUAAAAUAAAAUCGACGCACUGUGCAGACGCAUGUGAAAUUUUUUUUACUGGAAAAUUUUUAAAAAUAAAAAAAAAUUCAGUACAGUAUAAACCCAUGGAUGGGCGGUAUUGUGGACAAAGAUCUGGCAUUCAAGCAAUGGAAUACGCUGAAGGAAACGAUCGAAAAACAAGGAGUUCAAGUGAGUUUUUAGAAGCAUUUGAGACUCUAAUUUUGAUUGUUUUUAGGUUUUGACGUUGGAUCCAGCCCCUAAUCUCCCGGAUAUGGUGUUUGUGUGUAAUAGGUAAAACGACGACUACAUUUUUUGUAAAAAGAUCUCAAAAAAUUUUUUUUUCUUUUUUAAUGUUUUGUUUGGACGGUGUACAGUUCGCACCGUGCAAAAUUCUUUUCUUCUUCCUUUUGCACCGUGCGAAUUGCCAAUUUAUCUUUUGCACUGUGCAAACUAAAAAUUUUGCACUGUGCGUCAGAUUUUUUAGUCUUCUUUCGUUCCGCACUGUGCAUUCUUCAAUUCGUUUAGUUUGCACAGUGCAAAUUGCCGACUUAUUUUUUGCACCGUGCCGAAGUAAGAAUUGAGGAUUGCUCUGUGCGCCUAAAUUUUUCUGUCUUCUUUUGCUCCGCACCGUGCAUUCUUCAAUUCUUUUGUUUUGCACAGUGCAAAUCAUCGAUUCAUAUUUUGCACACUGUGCACAUGCACGGUGCAAAUUGUCGAUUUGGAGUUUGCACUGUGCAAAAAUUCUGUUUUAUUUGUUUUGCACAGUGCAAUUCAUCGAUUUAUCUUUUGCACUGUGCGUCCUGUUUUGCAGACUUCUUUUGUUCCGCACAGUGCAAAUUAUUGAUUAAAGAUUUGCACUGUGCGCCUAAUUGUUUAGUCUUCUUUCGUUCCGAACUGUGCAUUCUUCAAUUCGUUUGUUUUGCACUGUGCAAAUUGUCGCCUUGGAGUUCGCACUGUGCAAACAUUCUUUUUUCUUUAUUUUGCACAGUGCAAUUCAUCGAUUUAUCUUUUGCACUGUGCGUCUAUUUUUUCUGCCUUCUUUGUUUUCCGCACUGUGCAAAUUAUUGAUUAAAGUUUUGCACUGUGCGACUAGUGAAUAUUCUGCACUGUGCAUUCUUCAAUUUUUUCUCGCACAGUGCACUUUAUUUUUUUUAUUUUCAGCGGUCUGGUCCACAAAAACAACGUGUAUUUGUCGACGUUCCGGCACAAGGAGAGGUCGGGCGAGCAACAACACUACCUGAAAUGGUACCGCGAGAACGGCUUCGACAUUUUCGGCGCCAAUUUUGAGCGAUAUUUCGAGGGCGGCGGCGACGCCGUCUUCUCGGAUUACAAAACUUUGUGGGCGGGGUACGGCGAGAGGACUAAUAAGAGCGUGUACGAGUACGUGAAGAGGAUUGGGGACUUUGAGAUUGUGUACUGCGAGAUGGUGGACCCCAAGUUUUAUCAUCUGGACACUUGUUUUACGCCCGUUGGUGCCGAUUCGGCGCUUUAUUACCCUCAGGCGUUCAGUGAGAAGACUAAUAAGGAGGUGAGGGAGUUUUAUUCUCUCAUUUUGUUGAACUUUAGAGCGAAAAUUUGGGAAAAAAUAGACUUUAUCGGAGAUUUCCAGAAAAUACGUCAUGAUGACAUGUUUAUUUUUGCAGAAACUGAAGAAAAUUUUAGACAUUUUAGAUGGUAUGAUUAUCAAAAAUAAGGUCCAAAAAUUUCAAGGCCAAAUUUUGAAAAUUCCAGAAAAUACGUCAUGAUGACAUGUUUAUUUCUGCAGAAAAUGAAGAAAAUUUUAGACAUUUUAGAUGGUAUGACCAUCAAAAAUAAGGUUUAAAAAUUUCAAGCCGAAAUUUUGAAAUUUCCAGAAAAUACGCCAUGAUGACAUAUUUUUAUAACGUGUUUUUGAAAAAUUUGAUAGUUACAUUUUAUUCGUGGACCCUCAAAAACGCCUAUAAAAAUUAUUGUAACAACCACUUUCAUUUUUUUAUCGAUUUUUUCUCAUAUUAUUAUACUUUAGAUCAUCAAGUAUAAAAUGUAAAUUUUUAAAAAUUUUAGAUCCUAUCCCGCUUGCCCAAAGCAAUCCCAGUCUCCCCCGAAGAGGCCACCGCAUUUGUCUGUAAUGCGAUUACUGUUCGAAAAACCGUAAUUUCGCCGAUUGGAGUUGCCGAAAACACGAGGAAUGCCCUGAAGGCAUUGGGUUACGAGGUCGCGGAAGUGGGCAUGAGCGAGUUCAUGAAGUCCGGAGGCGCUUGUCAAUGUCUCGUUAUGAAAUUGUAG